AUGCUUAAGAAAGAGCAUUUUAAUAGGUUAAAGAAAAUAAGUGUUGACAAGCUGACUCUAGGACACCUUAUAGUCUUUUACGUUAUUGAAUUUCACGAAUUUAAUGUAUAUCAUCAUUGCUGUCAUUUUAACAUCAACUCAACAGUCUGGAUGGUAAUCAUAUUAGAAAACGUUUUGAAUAAUGAUAGCAAUUGUCCUGCUCUAGGUCAUAUAGUAAAUCCUAUCAUCAUGUAUAUUUUUUUGAUGGACCAAGGUCGCCUUGUCUCACUAGAUGACAACUUAUUAUCUCAAACGGUUUCAAGUCUACGCAAUGUUUUGGCUCAUGAUUUUGACCUACCAUUGAAUAAACAAAUUCUUUUAGUAUCAGGUGGCUUUCAGUUGGAACCAGGUGAUAAAUUGUCAACUUAUGGUGCGGGUUUGGAUAAAACUAAUCCAAUUUAUGUGUUUACGCAAACAUUUUCAAAUGAUACAACUGUUCAAAAACCAGAUGUCUUGCAAGUCAAUGAUGGAGGAUAUCCACGACAACUUGCCAGUCUAUUAGAGCUAGCUCCAUCUGAAAAGGUAUUUGAAGAGCGAUUACGUCUUAUUCGUUCACUUACUCCGAUUGGUCGUGAAGCUGCCAAUGCAAUUGAACAAUUGGUUUCUGAACAACGUCAAAUGAUACAGGGAUGGUGUGUUGCAUUGGCUAAUUUAGCCGAAGUAGCGGCAGAUACAAAUAAACGUUUGUUGUUUGCAACAAGUCGAUUAGUUCAAUUUGAAGGAUGUGUAUCAGAUUGGGAACGAAAGUUGUACAACUUCAACGAAUUAAAAAAGGAAUUAUCAGAAUUGCCGUUACCACCGCAGUUGGUAGCUGGAACUAGUGAAAUCCUUGAUCAGAAAGAAUCGUUCAAUUUUAACAAUAUUCCUAAGCCAACAAAUUUAUACGAAUGGGUUUGUUUACAAUCUGCUAUAUCUAGCGUCGGGACGCGUUAUUCCUUACCAUCGUCAACAAUUAAAGCUGUUGGUUUACAAACGAUUGCAUUAUAUCUUGGUCGACAUGUCGGUGUUGGUAGUGGUAGUACUGGACGUGUUCGUACAACAAGUACUGGUCAUAUUGGUGUCACUGGUGCUAAUGAUGGUAUUAUGUCAAAUAAUUCAGGAUCCACUUGUAUUGGAUCAAAUCAACCUACUGGAGUUUCUUUUUAUACUGGUGGUUCUCAAACCAGCUUAAAUAGUUUAGGCUCUACAAAUUCAACAAAUUCCUCAGAUAUGCGUUUCAUCAUGGAUCAUCAUCAAUAUUCCAUCACCAAAGAUGGUAACGAUACACAUGUACAGGAUCCUUCUUCUUCAGCAUCUGAUUGUUAUGAGUCAGCGUUUUUAGAUAUAAUUAAACGUGCAUUACAUGAUAUACAUUCGUUACGAUUUGGUCCAGAUUCACCAUUCAAUUUUAAUGCUAAACCACCGGAUAAUUUCAGUAGUGAAUUAGUUUAUGUUAGAGCACAAACAAAUCGUUUAUGUGAACUGAUUACAAUGGUUACUAAUUGUUCAAAAUCAAAUUAUGAUGAAAUGACUACUUCUACUAUGUCUCAUCCUUCGACGAAAUCAUCAUCCAACAUUACCACUACUAAUCUUGUGACUGGACUGAAUACUGCAAUGUCUGGUUCGAAAGAUAUUUCUAUUGAUUCAAUGAACAAUGGUAUUACAUCAAAUGAUUGCAAUGAAGCUAUGAAUAAAAGAGAAAUCCCUCGGUGCACAUCAUCGUCAACAUAUUCGUCAACUUUAUUCCCAUCGAAAUUGCCAUAUAAUGAUGGUGUAGAUGAUAUACACUUGAUCAGUGUACGUGAUGCGUUAGAUCCUGGUUAUUUCAGUCAACGUCUUUCACAACUUGACCCUUUAUUGUGUGAAGCUGUAGAUCUAGCCAGAAAAAUGAUUGGAAUCGAACAGAAUUCUAUAAAAACUUUUCAGCAGAUAAUUCAACAAAAAGUGAAUUCAUUAUUACAGACGAAAUUUAUGGAAAAUACACAAAAUUCACAAGAAUUAAUUAUUGCAUUCAAUCGUCUUUGUGAAAUUCUCGGUAUUGUUAUGGAGAGUAAACUUUUGCUGGCUAAUAAUUUGUUUGAUCGUCAACGUUGGCUACAAAAUUUCCAAUCAGAAUUAAAUCGUCUCGAUGCAAUUAUUCAACGUUGUCUUCGUCGUAUGUGUCGUGUCACUACAACUGGCACAUUAAUAUCUCAAUUAAAUGAAGCUGGUCCCACCUAUGCUCGCUGUUUAGCUGAAAUUGUUAGGCGUACAGAAUUCGACGAUAUGCUUACUCAACGAUCUGUAUGUUAUCUUAAAGAGGAAACUAAUUUGAGAACUGAAGAAUGUCGUCGACGGCGUAUAUUUUCUAAACAUUUAAAAAAUAACGUUCUACAUUCACUGUUUUCACCAUGGACUAAUUCAAAAGCGGAAUGUCUCGGGCUUACCAAUAUACCAGGAACAAUUUCUAUGUCACAAGAUGUAGUUGAACAGCAAUUGUAUGAAACAUCUACUACUACCACCACCACUACUACUACUACCACUACGACUACUACUACAUCUAAUCAAAAAGUCGAUUCACUUUCACAUAGUCCUCAAACAAAUGCAGCAGAAUUCACAGUGAAUCGACGAUAUGCCUUAUCUUCUUUAUCUGAACCACGUUUAAAUGAAUUAGCCAAAGCUUGUGCAUUGAAUCGUGUACAACAUUCGCGUGUUCGUUCAACUCGAUUAAAUUCACUCAGUUCACCAGAUCCUCAAUUGGCUAAAGUUAAAGAAGAUGAAGUGAUUGAAUCGGAUCAAAGUAAAAAACGUUCAAAUUAUAAUUGUCCUAUACAACACCAACCAGUUUUGUUACGUCCACCACAUACCAAAGUAAUGCUUGAUGCUAAUCGUCGUGCUUCAAUGCCAUUUGAUGAAUCUGAUCGAGGUGAAUUAUCCAGUCUAUCAAAUUGGUCAGUUGAUUCGUCAUCAUUAUUAGGUAUAUUAUCGAAUAAUUUCUAUCAAACUGAUCAUCAUAAUCUAUCGAAUAUAACACAAUCAGUUAAAAUUACUCGUGAUGAUUUAGAAAGGUUAAUGCAAUCUAUGCCUACUAAUAUAUCUAAUCUAUUAAGGAUGGAAUUGAAUAAAUCGUUUUCACUAUUUAAAAAUACUUCUUUUCUACCUAAUUCAUCAUUGACCAAUCCGAGUGGGAGUGUUUCUUUAGAUCAAACAUCCAAUAUUGCUAACAGUACCGGUUUUAUCUGUAGUAAUAGUAGUAGUCCAUUUUCAAAUUUAAAAUCAACUAUCAUGACGCCAACAACAACUGCCAAAACAUCCAUAUCUACAAUGAUAACUAGUACACAAAUUAAUAUGCCUGAAACAAAAUCUAUUACAACCUCUCCAUUUAGUAGUUUAGAGAACAUAUCAACAAGAGAUUUUAUGAAUGUUGGUUGUCAAGCUGAAUUCGGUUUAAUUGGACCAAUUCUAAAUGUUGGAUCUGGUCGAAGCUUGAAUUCUAGCCUUGGAUUAUCUGUUGAUGAUUCAGUACGUCGUACUACAAUUCAUACAGUUAAUAAUAUUCAUACAGGCUGGGAAGAACUUCCAGGAAGUUUAUGUAGUUGGGAAUUAUGUCGUUUUCCACCUGUGGCAGUACGUUCAGGUGAUCGUAUGUCAAUUUCUUUGAAUACAUUACCACGUUUUGAACAUUUAGUGACUACUGGUACACAAACUGAAGAACAAUUGGAAUUUACAGAAUCUCACAAUAUAUCGUAUUCUCCUGUUAAACUUAUGAGUACCGAAGAAUUAUGCUUACAAAAUAGUGCAGCACACAGAAAAAAUUCAACUACACAUGAGAAUGACGACAAUAUCGUUGAUUAUCAUCAUCUUCAAACACUUCAAACACCUACUACUACCACUAGUACUAUUGUUAAUCAACAUUCAUCUUCGUCAUCAUCAUCAUCAUCGUCACCGCCGUUUACAAUUCACAAUGAUGAAAUUAAUGAAGAUAAUAUUAUUAUAUCAUCAAUAUUUGCUGAAGAUAAUUUAUUCACUGACUCUGCUCUAAUGAUGACUUCAAGUUUUCACUCAACAAAAACAACCUUUUCCAAUAGUAUUAAUAAUAAUACAUCUUCAUUACAGAUGCAUACACCUUUCAUGUCAAUGCAUAAUCAAAGUCGAUCAAUGUCUUCAAGUAAUUUAUGUGAUUUAACAAAUGCUACUGACAUUUGUGGUAGCGAAAGUACAACAACACAAUAUGAUUCAAUGAUAUACGAUGAUGAUAUGAAAACUUCUCGUGAUGUUCUCCUUUUAAAAUCAUCAUCAUUACCGGAAGUAAAAUUACAUAAAUUUAUUGAACAACAAAAUCAAAUUACAUCAUUUACAUUAUUAGAUCAUAAUUGUUUAAAAUGUCGUUUAAAACGUAUUCAUCAAGAAUAUAUUCAAUUACUUCAAGAUAAUUUAAAAUUAAUCAAUAAUAAUAAUAAUAAUUGUCAUGAUCAUACUGAUCAUUAUGAAUUACAACGAAGUACUUCUGAAAUUGUAAUUGAUAAUAAUAAUAAUAAAUCAUCAACAACUGAAAUAAAACAAUCUAAAUUCAUUUCAUUAGAUGCAAUACAAUUAAAAUGUCUUUUUAAUGUGUUGGAAUCAUGUUCAUUAUUAUUUUUAAAAUCCAAACACAUAUCAUGUCAAUCAUCUCAUCCUGUUUGUACGGAACUAAGCAAAACGACAUCAUCAAAUGGUAAUGAUACUUGUUCAAAUGUUUCGCAACCAGAUUUAUCUACGACAGUCAGGCAAGAGACUAUUGAGAGUUUAAUUGACAACGACUCAACAGUAAAAGAAUGUAUUAAUUGCAUUCAAUUGAGUGAUAAUACAACGAACGAUAUAGCAGUACCCGAUGAAUUGAAUUUCGGGCAGUCGCUACAGUAUCUUAUGGAAACUUUACAGUUAAACAAUAUUAAUCCGGUUACCACGGUUUCCAUAUCUACAUCAACAUCACCGUUGUCAUCACAAGUAUUUCCAAUCAUCACUAGUAAUGAGUCGAUUUUAACACAGACAGAAAUAAUUCCAACCAUGGAUAUGGCGACAUCAAUAACAAUUCCCAAUAACAUGUUCACUAAAGGUUCUGAUUUUGAAGGUAGAAUAUCGCCAAUCUGUGAAGUUUCAACGAAUCUAACUUCUUCAUUGAUGAGUGCUGCUACUACUACUACUAUUAAUAAUAAUUAUAAUUAUCCAUUGUCAACUAUUUCUCGUUCUACUUCGCCAAUAUUACAACAACUAAAUCACAACAAUGAACAGACUUGUAAUCUUACAACUGGAUCUUCUUGCUUCACUAAUAUUUCAUCAAAAUUAACUAAUGAUCGUUUUACUAGUUUUGUACAUACUAACUUUUUGCCAGAUGAUAUUGUAAUAUUCGUUCCUGUUCCAGGAACUAGACCAAGUAUUUCAUCAUCAACAUUAAACACUUCUCCAACUGCAACCACUACCAUCACUUCUGUCACAGCAACAACGACUUCUACUAUAAGCUGUAUUCUAUCACAAAAUUGUCAUAAUGUUGUAAAACCAGAUGAUGGUACUGUUGCUGCUACUACUAUUAGUAGUAAUAGUAAUACUAAUGUUCAUGAUUCAACAAUGAUAACUAAAUCUGACAUUUGGUCAAUGAAUAGUAAAUUCGCUUCGAAUCUCUUAGAUGCUAUUUCACCAUCAUCUAGUUUAUUAUCGUCAAUGAUUGUUCAAUCAUCGUUACCAUUUUCAUCAAUAUUUAUGGAUUCGUUAACAGAAGGAGGAGUUGUAGUAGGAAGUUCUGAUACUAACACUACCGACACUAUUACAUCUGUCACUACUACAAACACAAGUGACAAUAAUACCUUAAUGAAUAGUAGUAGUAUCUUAUCUACGCCUAAAAACAUUUGUGCUUUAAUCAACAGUAGUAGUAUUCACAGUAAUAGUACAUUAGCUAAUGAAUUAUGUACAAGUACAUUUGGCGGUAAUUAUGGUACACUUUUACCUUCAACUACUACUCCUACUACUAAGUCUGGUUGUAGUAGCACUAGUGUCGAUACAACAACAACAACAACUGAAUCAUCUUUCACAACGUCCACAUCAACUGUCACUUAUGUUCAAUGGCGUAUGUUAUCUUCGGACGGACAUGUCUACUUUUUACAUCAAGAUGAUUUUAAGGCAUUGAAUAUUGACGAUCAUAUUGAUUAUUGUAAGCCUAUGAGCUCUAAUGUACAGGAAACAAAUUCAUCUCACAAUAGGAAUGUGUCGUUUAAAGAAGCGUUUCAGGCACAUAAUUAUUUUGUCGCAGCCAGAUACAAAAGUAAAGAACGUUGUUUAUCUAAACGAGCAAAUAAUCGAUUCAACUUGCCGAAAAACUUUAUAUUUUACCGCGUUCGUGCUCGUCCUUUGUUGAAUAGUAAUAGUAGUAGUAAUAACUGUGGCGGCACUGGUGGUAUUCCGUCGUCACAUUCUCCAACUGGAAAUCUUAAUCGUCAGCAUCAUAAUAAUGGCAGCAUCAAAAAUUCUGUGAUUUGUGAUUCCCAUUCACUUAUUUUACCAGAUACAGAUGUUAAUAAAGAGUAAGUGACAUAUAUGUGAUUGACGGUGAUGGAGAGUAGGGGCGUUCCAAUCCGUUUGAGCUUUGUCCUCGAGGAGAAUAGAUCGGCGAGCGGCGGUGGUAUAUAAUAAUCGAAGUAUUAUUGUAAUUAUUACUACUUAUUAUUAUUAUUACAAAUAUUAUUCGCACUGUUAUUUUAUUCUCCUUUGUUUUUCUCUCGUCAUUGUUGUCAUUGUUAUUGUUCUAACCUACUUGCAUACCUACCUACCUACCAUAUCAUGCCUUUCAUGCAUUACAUAUAUCACUUCAUCAAUCAUAAUAAAU